CCCCCGCGCUCAACUAAAGCCCAGUUUUGAUCAAUACUACAGUGAACAUACAUCUCAUCAUCUUUGGGGGUUUUGUCGCUGUCUAGGGUUUUGGCAAAUCAGAACAAUACACUCAGCAGCACCACCACAAACAUGGUUCUCAAGACAGAACUCUGUCGUUUCAGCGGUGCCAAAAUUUAUCCCGGAAGGGGCAUCAGAUUUGUCCGUGCAGAUUCUCAGGUGUUCCUUUUUGUUAAUUCAAAAUGCAAGAGGUACUUCCACAACAGGUUGAAGCCUUCCAAACUUACUUGGACGGCUAUGUACAGAAAGCAGCACAAGAAGGAUGCUGCCCAAGAAGCAGUAAAGAAGAGGCGCCGUGCCACCAAAAAGCCCUACUCUAGGUCCAUUGUUGGUGCCACUUUGGAGGUAAUCCAGAAAAGAAGAACUGAGAAGCCAGAAGUCCGAGAUGCUGCAAGAGAGGCUGCUCUGCGAGAAAUUAAAGAAAGGAUCAAGAAAACGAAAGAUGAAAAGAAGGCAAAGAAAGCCGAGGUUAUGGCAAAGACUCAGAAGACUUCAGGAAAAGGUAAUGUGCCCAAGGGAGCUGCACCAAGGGGUUCUAAGCUUGGAGGUGGUGGGAAACGCUAAGUUUUGUGUAAUUGUCUGUUUCUGCCAGAUUUGAGAUUGUUCAAUGUACUGGAUUAUGUAAUUUGUAGUAUUUUUGAUUCGCGACUUUUUCUUACAAAGAAAGACCACCUGGAGCUUUUUUUCCUUUAAUUUCAAUUGAUGUUUUUUUUUCA